AAUUUUCAAUAUCAACUAAAAUAUUAUUUAAAAACAACUUAAACAAAAACAACAAAAAAAAAAAGCAGCCCUUUGCAACAAAAACCUUACAAGAGAACCUGUUCUGCUGUCUCUCUUCGUGUCCGUGUCUGUGUCUGUGUCUGUGUCGGUGUGUGUGUGUGCAUGCUGCUUAUGCAAAUUCUUUAAGCGCAGCAACAACAACACUCGCUCGCACACCUGGCAGCUGAUUUUGCAGCGCAACGAACCAACAACAACAACAACAACAACAGCAACACACACAAUGAAAGUUCAGCUGCUGCUGCUGUGACACGAACAACAAGAACAACAAGAAACAACUGUAAAAGAGACCAACGCAAGGGAUUUCGGUUAUUCGCUUCGAUAUUGAUAUGCAUCGUUUGCGCUGCCUGAUCAACAACAACAAGAAGUACAACAAUAAUCGAAAGACGACAGAGCACGAGCCGUAAAUUAAACGGAAACUCACCUGACAUUUUGCAACACUGCCCUGCAGUUAGCAGCAAUUUGUUUUGUUUUUGUUUUUUUUUUUGGAAUACUCACCUCAGCCUAACUCUUGAGCUCCUUGACCUGCAACUAAUACAAUAGUGCCAAGAUGUAUAAGCUGUUGGGUAGCCUGAAGAGCUACCUCAAGUGGCAGGACAUCCAGACGGAUAACGCGGUCUUCCGUCUGCACAACUCCUUUACAACCGUACUGCUGCUCACCUGCAGCCUGAUCAUCACGGCCACACAAUAUGUGGGCCAGCCGAUCAGCUGCAUUGUGAAUGGCAUUCCGCCGCAUGUGGUCAACACUUUCUGCUGGAUACACAGCACGUUUACUAUGCCGGAUGCGUUCAACCGACAGGUCGGUCGCGAGGUGGCACAUCCUGGCGUUGCCAAUGAUUUCAAUGACAAGGAUGCCAGAAAGUACUACACCUAUUAUCAAUGGGUGUGCUUUGUGCUCUUCUUUCAGGCAAUGGCCUGCUAUACGCCCAAAUUUCUGUGGAACAAAUUCGAGGGCGGGCUGAUGCGCAUGAUUGUGAUGGGCUUGAACAUUACGAUCUGCACGCGCGAGGAGAAGGAGGCCAAACGCGAUGCCCUGCUGGACUAUCUCAUCAAGCAUGUGAAGCGCCAUAAACUGUAUGCCAUACGCUAUUGGGCCUGCGAGGUGCUCUGCUUUAUCAAUAUUGUGGUGCAGAUGUAUCUGAUGAAUCGUUUCUUUGACGGCGAGUUCAUAUCGUAUGGCACGAACAUUAUGGGGCUGUCGGAUGUGCCGCAGGAGCAGCGCAUGGAUCCGAUGGUUUAUGUAUUUCCCCGUGUCACCAAAUGCAUUUUCCACAAAUACGGUGCCGGCGGCUCAUUGCAGACGCACGACUCCCUCUGCAUUCUGCCGCUCAACAUUGUGAACGAGAAAACCUAUGUGUUCAUUUGGUUCUGGUACUGGAUAUUGCUCGUACUGCUCGUUGGACUGAUGAUAUUCCGCGCCUGCAUCAUCUUCAUGCCCAAGUUCCGGCCGCGUCUGCUGAAUGCGCGCAAUCGCAUGAUACCCAUGGAAAUCUGUCGUUCGCUGUCCCGCAAACUGGACAUCGGUGACUGGUGGCUCAUCUAUAUGCUUGGCCGCAAUCUGGAUCCGGUCAUUUACAAGGAUGUGAUGGGCGAGUUUGCCAAACAGGUGGAGCCCGCGAAGCACGAUCGCACCAAGUGAUUGUCAAGCAUGGCUAAGCACACGAAAGAGACAACGAGCGAACGGGAGAGAAAGAGAGCGAGAGAGAGAGAGAGAGAGAGAGAGAGAGAGAGAGAUACAACUGCUCUGGAUUAUAUUCAUAAUUAUUAUUAUUAUUAUUUAGCACAAAUCAUGACAAUUAGUUGAAAACCACACACCGAAUGCAAAAAGGCAAAUGACAAUCUUUAGCAAUA